GACGCAGCCGCCUAGGCCAGUGUUGUCCGCGGCGCCGAGGCGUAGCCAUGAGACGCGCGCUCUGCCGUGCCUGACCGGUUACUUUAGUUGGUGUGCCGACGCCCGCCCCCGAUCGUCUGACCGCGCUCAGGAAAGAUGGCGCCUGCCAGUGGCUGCUGCGCAUUCCAGGAGCCCAUGAAGAUUCCCAUCGACCUCAGUAGCCAGUCAGACAUCCUCAAAGGUCCUGAGCUGAUACGUGUGUCCAAAUUCUACAAGGAGAGCAAGGAGGGCAAGUUCGUCAGCUUCUUAGAUGAGGACGUCCGGACCCUGUACGACUCAUUCAGAAAAGGCGCCAAGGAAUCAAAUAAUGGACCAUGCCUUGGAUGGCGUGAGGGACCCAACAGACCAUAUCAGUGGCUUAAUUACAAUGAAGCUCUCCUUAGAGCUAAAAAUUUGGGUUCAGGGUUGGUGGCCUUGGGACUGACACCUUCACCAACAACAUUUGUUGGUAUCUACAGUCAGAACUGCCCUGAAUGGAUUAUAACAGAGCAGGGUGCAUAUUGCUAUUCAAUGGUGAUAGUACCUCUUUAUGAUACUUUGGGACCUGAUGCUUGUGCUUAUAUAAUCAAACAAGCGGAAAUAAAUUUAGUUAUAUGUGAGGAUGACGCAAAAUGUAAUAUGCUGUUGGAUCGAUCACCACGUUGUUUAAGGAAAUUAAUAGUAAUCAAAGAGGUUCGGCCAGCUACAAAUCAGAGGGCAAAAAACAGGGGUGUAGAAAUAAUUCGCUUUGAAGAGGUUGAGAAACUUGGAGCCCAGAAAGAUAACAGAGAGCAGCCACCAAAGCCAACUGACCUCUGCACAGUAUGCUACACAUCUGGGACAACAGGUAGUCCCAAGGGUGUAAUGCUGACUCAUUCAAAUGUUGUAGCUGCAGUGUGUGCUGUAAUCCUGCAGUUAGGAGAUCACCGGCCAAAUUGCAAUGACAUCAUGAUAUCUUUCUUACCUUUGGCACAUAUGCUAGAACGAUGCUGUGAGAAUGGCAUGUAUCUGGUUGGUGGUGCUGUUGGUUUUUACACUGGAGAUAUUCGAAGACUGUCAGAUGACUGCAAAGCACUUCAUCCAACAGUAAUGCCUGCAGUUCCACGCUUACUAAAUCGCAUCUAUGACAAAGUGAUGGCUGAAAUAAGUGGUUCAUUAAUUAAGAAAUUGUUAUUCAAUAUGGCACUGAGAACAAAGGAAAGUGAAAUUAAAAGGGGAGUCAUUAGGCGGAAUAGCAUCUGGGACAAACUUGUCUUCAGAAAGGUGCAAGAGCAAGUUGGUGGCCGUCUGCGACUCAUGCUUGUUGGCUCUGCACCACUUGCUGGUAAUGUGCUCACAUUCAUUCGCUGUGCCCUCGGUUGCCUAGUAGUGGAGGGCUACGGGCAGACAGAGUGCUCUGCACCAGUAACUCUGACUGUACAAGGUGAUCACGUUCCAGACCAUGUAGGGCCUCCAGUUGCCUGCUGCUGUGUCAAAUUAGUGGAUGUGCCUGAGAUGGAGUAUUAUGCAUCAAAUGGCCAAGGAGAGGUUUGUGUCAAAGGCACAAAUGUUUUUCUAGGCUACUACAAGGAUGAAGAGAAAACAAAUGAAACAGUUGACAGUGAUGGAUGGCACCAUACUGGCGAUGUUGGACAAUGGCUGCCAAAUGGCACACUGAAGAUUAUUGAUAGGAAGAAACAUAUAUUUAAAUUGUCACAGGGAGAAUAUAUAGUUCCCGAAAAAAUUGAAAAUACUUACAUUCGAAGCCAGUAUGUACAGCAAGUAUUUGUUUGUGGCGAAUCUCUAAAGUCAUGCAUAGUGGCAGUUGUUGUUCCUGAUGUUGAUGUUAUAAAAUGCUGGGCUCUUGAAAAUGGAAUACCAGGAACCUUUUCUGUGCUAUGCAGCCACCCAGAAGUUAAAAAGCUAAUUUUUGAUGAUAUGAUCUCAUGGGGCAAGGAAGCAGGCCUCAAGUCCUUUGAACAGGUUAAAGAUGUGUAUUUGCAUCCUGAUCCAUUUUCUGUACAAAAUGGUUUAUUAACACCAACACUGAAGAGUAAACGACCUCAGCUGAAGGCUUACUUCAAACCUCAAAUUGAAGAUAUGUAUGCAAAACUCGCGUAGACAUUUCAUUUAAAAAGUUAAUAAAACUGAUCAAGUUAUGAACCUGAGAAGGUGAUACUGAUACCAUGUAAGAAUCAUGGGAAUAUGUUUCUACAUUUUUCUUGAAUAUAUUUAUUUCCAUUAUUUAUAAUAUAUUUAAAGAUCAUAAAACAAUGUGAUAAGUUUUUCAUGAGAACAAAAACUACAUUUUUUUGUGAAAAGAUGGAUCUACUAACUGUGACUAUUAUUUCGUGAGACUUGUGAAUAUGAUAAAUGAAUGUGGAUGUCUGAAAGAAAAGUGCAUAUGAUCUUGGAAUGACAAAAAUGUUAAGAAACAGCAUUCAUCCUGUUAACGAUUUAAUGUUCUGAAUGAUCAUGUGUAAUUUAUUACUGCUAGUUAAAAAACUUCACAAGUGAGUGGCUGAUUCUUUUAAAAAAAUCUGCAUCUAAGCUCUUAAUUGCAAUUUCAUUUGUAGAAAAUAAUGUUUACACACAUUGUUUUUUAUUUAAAAAGAAGAUACUUUUUAAUUGUUUAACAUACUUCAGCUUUAGAACAAAACAUUUUUAUAGUUAAAAUGGUUUAUUUAAAGAUGUGUUCUGUUGUAUACAUGUGUAAUAUAGUGAUUGUUACAUCUUUUUUUGUAUUUGUUGUAUUCACUUGCAAAUUUCAAAUGGUUCAGUUGUGUGUGGUUUAAAAAAAAGCUCUUAGGUAAAGUUUAGUUCUAUUUAGUACUGCAAUUCCUAUAAUUAAAGACCAUCAUCUUGAUUAUAAUCUCAAAAUAUUGUCAGUAUUUACUCAAUGAGAAUGAUGUUUGUGCAAACAUGCACUAAACACAAAUAGGUACUGAAGUUGUUUUAAACUUCGUUAAAUAUAUUUUUUUUUUCCUUCUGCUGUCAGAUAUGUGAAUUACUGAUGUUACUGCAUGUGCCUUUCUAAUACUUAACACAAUAUAUGAUUGUCAAAAAAAUUACACCAAGUCAGAUCAGUG